UCUCUAUUUUCGUUUACCCAAAAAAAAAACUCUCUCUCUCUCGCACAAGAAAGCGAUGCUGGUGAAAAUUGCAGAAACCCCCACCGAAGAAAAAGCAAUAUGAUCAUAGAUCGAAUCAGGUUCAUUGUGGGAAUGGAAGGGCAUUCUUAUUCGGAAUGUGGGGUUUUCCCUGGACAUGGCAACAUUGUUAAUGGCACUUGGUCAUUAUGCGCAUAUUUGGUGGCUUCAUGGCAUGGCAUUCCAUCUCGUGAAUGCAGUCCUUUUUCUAAAUAUACGUGUGCUAUGUUCAAGCGUAUUAAAAGAUUCAUCAAAUUGAGAAAAGCUUUAGGUGCUCUUCAUGCUGCCUUUCCUGAUGCAACUACUGAAGAGCUACAAGCUUAUGAUGAUGAAUGUGCCAUCUGUCAGGAACCUAUGGCCAAGGCUAAAAGGCUACACUGCAAACAUCUUUUUCAUCUUGCAUGCUUGAGAUCUUGGACUGCAGGACUGGAAUCAAGUUGGUGAUGAUUAUGCAUACUCUUUAAUAUGUGAUAGAUGAUGUGACAUAUUGAAAUUGGAGGAUGUAAAACUUCAGUUUUACUCUACAUCCUUAUAGAAUUUAAUUUCAAUAAACAAAUAUCUUUUAGACUUGAUAUUGUGUAAUUGGUUUACAACUUCUAAUAUUUUUAAAAACACUAGGAUUUCAAAUCUCACUCCACCCUUAUAAUUAGUAAAUUAU